AAAUACAAGUGACGACCGUGAGCGCUGCAGACGCGAGUCGCGUGGCGUCCAUUGCUGGUGCUAAAAGAGCGGGAAAUUUUGACGUUUCGAUAUUCGUUCACAAACACAACAUGUUGCUGAAGACUAUAAUAUUAUGCGCAGCGUGGCUGGCGUGCGUGCAGUGUCAACAUAACCAGCAGGGUCCCACCACCACGCCAGUGCCCAUCCUGAAACAGAUCAACAAACAGAAUGACGACGGCUCCUACAGUUACGGUUACGAAGCUGCAGAUGGAUCAUUCAAGAUUGAAACUAAGUAUCCGAAUGGUGACGUCGCAGGGAAAUACGGUUAUGUGGAUGAGAGUGGAAAGCUGAGGGAGAUAUCGUACGGCGCGAGCAGCAAACGAGGGUUUGAACCUCAAGGUCAAGGCAUCAUGGUGCCCCCGCCAACACUCAACGACCCUUCAAACGCACUGACCGACGGACAGGAAGAUGAUGGCCAAUACCGUGAGGACCCCAAGAUCUACGAGGAUCCCAAAUACAACGGCAGAGCUCAAGCUAGACCGGCUUCCAACUUCAGGCAGUUCCACCAACCAGCGCGACCUGAACCCCAGUACCAACCGGAACCACAGUACCAGGCCCAGACACAGUAUCAACCCCAAGCGCAACCACAGCCGCAGUACCGUCAACCAGCACCAACAUACCAGCCCGAGCCUACUCCGCAACCUCAACCAUUCCGUUCCUCCCUCUUCACUCAGCAAUCAAACCUUUUCAAUCAAUCGCCCCAGCAAUUCCCUCAAGAACGUCCCCAAAGCCAAGUCUACCACCAACAGCCCCAAUUCUCUUACCAGGCGUACACACCUCAGCCAUACAGUCAGAGUUCCAACCAGGCUGCCAACUAUCAAAGCUACCAACCGCAGAGCUAUCAGGGUCAAAACUUCAAUCCCUUCUCUGGUCACCCCGCACAGAACUUUGAUCCUAGCACCGGAUCCUAUUCCAUUAACUUCACUGGAAAAUAAUUCAAUUUAUACCUCAAUAUAUUAAACUUAUAACAAACCCAAAGCUUUAGGAAGGCAGACUUUUUUAUAAUUUUGUAUCUAAGACUAGUCAAUGUAAGCGAAGCGUGUAUUUUUUACUAAAAUUUGAAAACUUUAGGUUUACUUAAAUUGUUCAUGCCCUAGGUUAACAACACAGUUAUUUCCCUAUAAAUUGAGAUAAAUAGUUAUUCUUGCUUUCAGAUUUACUUUUUUCUUAUUAUAUAUAAUACAUAUAUAUUUAUUCCUAAUCUGUGUAUAUUAUAUUUAUGACAUGAUGAAAAAAAUUAAAGUGUUAUGAGUACAAAAGAGUUAAACGCGAACAAAAAUAUUAUUAAAAACGUAAUAAUUUGAAUAUUACUUUAUUUGUAUUAUUAAAUGUAUAUUAUAUAUGUAAUUGUAUUUACCUUAUAUUAUGACUUUAAUCACAAAAUAUAAUAAAUAUUUCGGAGGCCCAAUAUUAAUCCUUUCCCCUUCCUAUCCAGUUCUUAUAAGAUAAUGAUGGGUAGGCGAAAUAUUCGCUUUAUGUCCUUCUUUGUCCAUUGUUGGUAGACAAGACGCAUAACCAUUUACUUCUUGGAUACCUUAUACUAUAAGAAAAUAUUGGAUACAAGAAUUGUAUAAUGAUCCGGAAGCAUCAAUUAUGUUCAGUAAUGGUAUCGAUUGCAGCGCUGCGCAUGCGUGGAAUUCAAAAUGGCGGCCGCGUUGACACAAAGUGCGUGAAUCAAUUGCGAAUUAUGUUUAAUUAAAUCUUAUAUAAACGA